AUGCGUCAACGCACGAAGAGCGUCGUGAACGUCCGCGAGUACUUUCGCAUGGACGGCAGUGGCGCGCCGGAACAAGAGGACGACGACGACAACGACGGCGACUGGAAGCGCCUGUUGGCCGCGUUGCACGGCGUACCAGUGGGUGGCCGCGGCCGCCGCAGUAGCAGCAAAAGCGGCAAAGCGUUCAAUGUGAUUGCGCCCGAGAGCAAAAAAAGCGCGCGGGGGCGGACGUCCACGUGCGACUCGCUCGACGACACGGACGACGACACGGACGACGAGACGGACGACGACGCAGACGACGACGGCAUCCUGCGCGUCCGCGCGUGCAGUCACGACCGCCGCAUUAGUUUCCACGCCGACGUGGACGUGGUGGAGAUCCCGGCGCGCUCGAGCUUUGACGCCGAGUACAAGCAGCGCGUGUGGUACUCGCGGGACGAGCUGCGGCGCAGCCAGACGUGCUGCUAG